AUGAAGCAACCGUCGCUACUCUCGUCGCUCUUCGCGGGCCUCGACCAGCCCUUCCGCGCGCACCUCAAAGCGCCGAGGUCGGCCUACGUGCACAUCCACGCAGAGAUCGUGGCCACGUCGCCCAAGUCGAGCUACACACAGUACACGAUCGAGCUCACCAACCCGAUCACCAACUCGUGGCGCCGUGUCACCAAGCGCUACUCCGAGUGCUACCGCUUCCGCAAGUCGCUCAUGCGCAUGUACUACUCGAUCCGCCGGGAUGCCGAGAUGGCGCCGCUCGCCGAGCUGCUCCAGCGUCUCUGCCUCACGCCGUUCCCUAAGCGGUACUUUGAGUCGGACGAUGCGUUCGUGCGCAUGGAGCGGACGCAAGGCCUCACGCUUUUCUUCGACAUGCUCUUCUCGCUCUGGAAGGACGGCCUCCGCCUCAUCACGCAGACCGAGGUGCACUGCAUCCUCGCGAAAUGGACGUUCAUUGAGGCGAUGCUGGAAGCGUUCCUUGACCAGAGUCUGCAUCACAAGGCGCCGACCAACCUCGACGACACCUGCGCCAUUUGCCUCGGCGACUUUGAAGAUACGGUGUUUCAGCUGCGCUGCGGGCACUGCUUCCACCGCGACUGCGCGCUCCAUUGGCUCGUCGAACACGCCACGUGCCCCCUCUGCCGCCAGACCUGCAACGCCGGCGACGUCCAUAGCGCGUCGGCCAUGCAGCCGCUCCUCCGCACCACGUCGACGAUCGCCGCGCCCGCUGCUCGCCAUCACAUGCCGUCCCGCGCCGUCUCGUGCAUAGCGUUCUAG